GUGAUUCGGACUUUUUACACACACAUAUUAACCACUCUUUUAGGUGACCGAAGAAGAAAAAAAAAGAAUACUGCUUUUGCCUUACUACCAAAUAAUUACUCUAUUUGAUUACUCAUUGUAGAGAAGAUUCCAUAAGCCGUGAGUUGUGUGUCGUGAUUAGGAUUUAUCAUUUUUAAGUUUAAAGUGUAGGAAAAAGAAUAAGGAGAUAAAAGAGCAAAUAGAAAAGUUCUGAGAGAUUUUUUUUUGGGUGAGAGACAUCAAACAGUGAAAUCCACGAUGGUGUUAAAAGUAUAAAAAAGUUGUGAUUUUUCCUUCAGAAUUAAGAAUAAAAUAAGAAAACUUCCUCCUCUAAUAAACUCUUGCACAAAUUUUUAUUGCCCAAUAUUGCUUCUAAAGUUCGUAUGUUCGAUAUUUAGAAAGUUAGAUAAUUGAAUUUUUCCGCGAAGAAAAUAACUAAAGAAUAGCGGUGAGGCUUUUCACCGCAUUUCCCAGUGAAGUUUUUCCCAUUCAAAGUGACACAGAUAUUGAAGGUGGUGAAAAAGUUCUCUGUUAAUCCAAAAUUUUGGAAACUUGAACGAAGCCACAGCGGCAUUUUUGUGGGACAUUUUGUAAAGUGCUCAAGGCAGGACUAAAGUUUGUGAAAAAUGGAAGAAAUGUGGAGAUGUUGAGGAUACCGAAGAGUAGUUUGAGGAUGAUUCGUGAGAUUGCCAAAGCGGAAUGGUGAAAAUGGAAUCGAGCGAGGAGCAGGAUAGAAAAAUUGUCUUGGAAUUUUGUCAUCUACUCGAGAAGUCAAAGCAGUUGUUCAAUGGACUCAGAGAUUUACCUCAGUAUGGCCAUCGACAGUGGCAAGCAUACUUCGGGCGCACUUUUGAUGUUUACACAAAACUCUGGAAGUUCCAGCAGCAGCACCGGCUGAUCCUUGACUCUAAGUACGGGCUCAAGAGGUGGCAAAUUGGCGAAAUUGCCAGCAAAAUUGGACAACUCUAUUAUCACUAUUACCUUCGCACAAGCGAGACCAACUAUCUCAAUGAGGCGUAUCAGUUCUACGCGGCCAUCAGAGGUCGAGCCUACUACUCGCGCGCCAUCAAGGAGGACCGACCUGAUCUGAUGGUGAAGAAGCUACGGUACUACGCCCGGUUCAUCGUGGUAUGUCUCUUGCUGAAGAAGAUGAAGCUGGUUCGGGAGCUGGUGGUUGAGCUGGACAAGCAAAUAGCUGAGUACACAACAACCUAUGAACCAGAGGAUCAACUAGAAUGGUCCCUGGUCCUCGAAGAGAUCAAGGGAUUCAUCAAGGCGGAGGCAGCUGUUGCUGUUCUCCAUGCAGACACCAAUCCCAUCGUCCUGUCGCACAGUGGUUCUGGUUCUAGGCUGAGUCCACUAACGACUCCACCAUGCGAGAGGUCACCUCACAUGACGCUCACGCUGCAGGAGAUCCUCAUUGUGGGCUCCACAUGUGAGCAGGCAAAGUUCUCCGAGCUCACCAUGGACAUGUUCAGGAUGCUUCAGACACUUGAAAGGGAGCCACAGGAAUCAGCUGUGCAUCAUCCUCAUGCCAGCCACGUGGUUCACGAUGCCAGUCCAGCCGGUGGAAGGAGUUACGGAAUGGUUCCAGGCUCAAAAGGGUUUAUUGAAAAUGGCGAUCGUCGUCACUAUCGAGACAAUCCACAUAAAUAUCUUCUAUACAAGCCUUCAAUUAGUCAACUGUUAGUGUUCUUAGCUAGUGGAUUGAAAGAAUUGCCCCCUGGGGGUGCCCUGUUGCUCUAUAUGUCGGCCGACGGCUGCUUCUCCACCACCAAACAUCCCGAGGACUACGGCUACGAAUUAGGUGGCCUAGCAACCAGCAUUAAACGAGAUGGAACUGAUGCUGGACUGUCGAGUCGCGGCAAAUCAACUGUGUUCAAGGAGCCUCAUUGCCUCUAUCCGGGUGACCUCUAUCCCUUCACCCGACGCCCCAUGUUCAUCAUCAUAGACUCUGACAAUUCCUUUGUCUUUCAGCACAUUCCAAGAUACUUUGGUCAACCUCUUGUUACACUCAUGUCGCCUCAGGAUAUUCCAAUUGCUUUCCAAGGAAAAUUUUCUCAAACAGAUAUGCAGCACCAUGGAUCCCUCUUCACCCUCUUCCUCCACUCACCCCUGACAGCCCUAUGCUUUGUCUGCCACGUCGGAGAUGUUCCAAUUCAUCAUUGGGAGCGAUGUCAGGGAUAUGUGGACCGUUUCGUGACGGAAGCCUCACGCCUCGUAACUCGAUGCAGAAUUGAUGAGAUUGAGCAGGGAAUUGGAUAUAUCGAUUCAUCUUAUGUCCAGUUCUUCGGCGACGACUUCCUGCGAACGCUGAUCUUGCGAUUUGUUUUCUGUGACGUGGUUCUGCGGCUGCAUCGGGGCUUCAGGGGUCGUCAUCAACGACCAAGGUGCGAACCACCUCUGCCAGCAGCAGAACUCCUGGAGCACCCAUCACUAUCCCACAUAGUCCUACAGUUAGCCAGUGCUUUGGAUGUCAGAGGGCAUUUCUCAGAAGGAUCAGAGGGUGAAUGAUCACCUCGUGGUUGGGUUGCUCACAGCACAAAUCCACCCUCUUCCCUCAAAGGCAGAACACCCCACGUCAGACAACUACUACACGGAGCCAUUUGAUCCUCAUACGAAACUUCUUUGGCACUCUCUUUUAAUCCGAGAUGGUAAGGAACUAGAUCACCGCCAAUGAAUCUAAAGCCCAGUGCUUCUCACAGAAUAUUCAGGUUUAACGCUUUAAGGACCCAUAAGUCACCGGUGGUCCAUUGGAUCUUUGAUCUUGCUUUAUUAAAAUAAAAUUUACUAUUCAGCCUCUAUCUUCUCCAUAAUGUUUAAAAAUUAGAACUUGGAACAAACGAUUUUGAGUUCACUCCCAAAAACACUAAAUUAAUCUAUUCGAACAAGUUACUAGAAAUACUGACGAUGGAUAAUGUUUAUUCACUUAUGGUUUUCGACCGUAUGGAUAUUUAAGGCAAGUCAAGGUGGGAGUUCGGUCUAUUUUUUUGUUCUUCAAUUUAUUUCUUCAGCCAACGUUUCAAUCCUGGAUGGGAUCUUCUUCAGGGCCUAAUUACAAUUAACAAAUUCAUUAUUAACUUUAUAAAUUAUUUACAUUUUGGGGACUCUUUUCACUCACAUCAAAAAUCUCGGAGAACAAUUAUCAGAUAAUUAUCACUACUUUUCAUUAUCACUACUUUCAAAUUGAAGAACAAAAAAAUAGACCGAACUCCCACCUUGACUUGCCUUAGAUAAUGUUUAUAUUUUCCAGACUAGCUCUAUACGGACUACCCAGUGACAGUUUAAAUCCCGAAAUUCGAAAUCUCGUAAGAGGAAAUUCCGAAUACCAAAAUCCCAAACACGAAAAUCCCGAAAGGGCCACAAUUUCGAAAGCCGAAAACCCGAAAAGUCUAGUUCCCGAAGAGAUAAAAUUCCGAAUGCACUUAAAUUUCGAAAGAGUCAAAAUUGCGAAUGGACAAAAUUCUGAAAGGAACAAAGUUAUAUGAAGGAUAAUGUGUGUAAUAAUUUCCCCAAAACACUGAAAAUCCUGUGCCUCCAGCAAGAGAAGGUGAAAUCGGGGGAGGAGCUAUGAUGCUUUUAUCAGCUCCAUAUUUUGGCUUCCGGAAUUUUAUUCUUUUCAGGAUCUUGACUUUCAGGAUUUUGAAUUUCGGAAUUGUCACGUUCAGUAUCUUGGUUUUCAGAAUUUUGGUUUUUAAAACUUCAGCCCAUUCGGGAUUUUGAUUUACGAUAUGUUAGUUUCAGGAUUUCUGACGUUCAGGAUUUUGGUUUUAAAGAUAUUGGCUUUUUGAACUUUGGUUUCUCUAUUUUAGCCUUAUCGGGAUUUUGACUUCCGGAAUUUGGUUAACGGGAUUUUGGUUUUCAAGACUAAGGCUUUUGGGAUAAUAACCGUAACCCAUAUUACCACACAAUUAUUAUGAAAAUAAAUAUAUUUUAUCGAAUAAUCAGUUGCCCCUAUCAGAGAACCCUUAUCAAAUCCGUGUCGUAACGGUCACUCAAUUUAAAUGCUUUACAUAUUUAACUAUAGAUUUCAAGUAUCAUUGAUUUAUAAGGAGUAACUAUUUAUUUUGCUAAUUCUACUCUCAUUCUGAUCCUAAUGUUUUAUUCUUGAUCCCAAGACAUUAUUCUGGACUUGAAAAGAAUUUAUCUCAAUUUCAGAAUUUUAUUCUUUAUUCCAAAGAAGUUUUGUCUUGAAUCUUGAAUUUUCUUUUGAAUCUUUACGUUUUUUCAUUUUUCCUUCAUAGUAUUUCAUUGCUUGAACUAAUAUUGAGAGCUAUAUGUAAAAUCUGCUUUUUCUCAAAAAACCACAUUCGGAUUUUAUUUCUCUUGAAUUGAUCUUUUAAAAAUUUUGUUCACAAAGAAGAAUUCAAAGGCUACAUUCCCUUGUUAAGGGAACAUCGUGAAGUUCAACCCUAACAAAAUCUUUUCUAGAUUCCUAAAUCAAAUUUAAUAUUCGGAAUUUUAAUUUGAAGAUCUAGUACCUUACCAUCUCUGAUCACAUCUUCUUCUGUUGCAUUUGCAAAGAAAAUUAAGCAUCCCAAUUCAAUAGGAUAAGUACUAGAGAGAUCACAUACAGGUGCCAAAAUCCUUUAUUUUCAUACAAUCAUCCUUAGGUUUCCCUUAUACUUCAAUAAGUUUAGUUCCUAACAUCCCCUACAACGGCAUUUUCAGUACUGAAAAAAAAAACUAUUAUUAUCAACUUCAAACUCAGACCUAUCCUUUUCAAUACUCGAUGGGAUAUUUCCGUCCGACUUUGUAAUAAUAUUUGAGAGAUAAAAUAGGCGAUAUAGGAGACUUAAAAGUACUCCAUAGAAGUCUCCAAAAAAAGAAGAAAAACAAUAAAUAGUCUCGUGGUUCCACAAUCAUUUCCCCUUUUUGAUGUUUCCUUUGAAAAAAAAAAAUGUUAUUUUUUUCAAAACAAAAAAGAAAACUUUGUAUGUCUCUUCUCUUUCCAAUCUUUGACUCUCUGUAAUAAAUUCAUUAAAAAGAAAAUUAGUAAGGAGAAAAAAUGAGAAAUUGACAAAAAAAAUAUUCUAUAUGGGCUUUUCCAUCAAGACAAUUGCGUGUAAGAACACAAGAUUCAUAGCGUAAAUAAUGAAAAAAGAAAAAUAUAAAACACAAAUUUAUAAGAAAAAAGAAAAAAAAAACAUUAUCACUGCCCUCAUAUAAAAAAAUAUUAUAUACAAAUGGAAAGAACUUAAAAAAAAUGUACUCGUAAAAUGUACAUAGGAAAAAGAAUAAAUUAUAUACAAAAUGUAUUAUACCAAACAAAACCAAGGUGAAAAAAUUGCAAAUGAAACUAAGGUAUAUUGUAACCGUAUGAGAGCAAGAAAAGAAUAGAAUCAAUAAAAAGAAUAUGUAAAUAAUAGAGAUAUUUAAAUGAAGAAACAAGAAAAACUAAUAACUAUAAUAACUUUUAAUACCUUUUUGCCAUUGAAAAUCAGCUUUUUCAUUUCCCCUCGACAUUAAUAAAAAAAAAUUAACAAAAAAAAAUCAACCAAAAAAAUGUUUCCCCUUUGAAAAAGAAAAAAACAAACAAAAGAACAACAAUCCCAAGACAGUUUACUGUAUUAUCAUUUAGCUGUUAAAAGACAAAAAAAAACCAAGACAUAUGUAAACUUAUAUAAUAUUGGUGCUGAUUUAUGUAAAAAAAAAAUUCUCAUAAAAAUGAACAAAUGGAAAUAAUUUCAAAAAAAAGAGUGAAAAAUCUUUUCAAACAGAAGAUGAAGCGAUAAAUUGUCGAUACUCAAAUAAAAUGCUUAUGGGAGA